CAACGAAAUAAGGGUUUUACCGACUGACAACAUGGCGUCUGGUGACGGAGAUGACUCACUUUAUCCGAUUGCUGUACUGAUAGAUGAGCUUAGAAACGAAGAUGUUCAGCUACGGCUGAACUCUAUCAAGAAACUCUCGACCAUUGCCUUAGCUUUGGGUGUGGAAAGAACAAGAAGUGAACUCAUACCUUUUCUAACAGGUAGGUUAUCAGUAAUUAUGCUUUUUGUCGUACUCAAAUUUGUACGAACUCAGACAUUUUUCAUGNAAAAGGUUCCUGAGGAUGUUCGUGAACAGGUCUUAAUGACACAUUUACUUCCGUGUGUCAAGGACUUGGUAAUGGAUCCUAACCAACAUGUAAAAUCUGCCUUAGCAUCGGUUAUAAUGGGACUUUCACCCAUGUUAGGAAACGAUAACACUAUUGAACACCUUCUUCCACUGUUCCUCACAAUGUUAAAAGAUGAGAUUCCUGAAGUACGACUCAAUAUUAUAUCUAACCUGGACUGUGUCAAUCAAGUUAUCGGCGUUAACCAGUUGUCACAGUCUCUGUUACCUGCUAUCUUUGAGCUUGCUGGAGACACCAAAUGGCGUGUACGACUGGCAAUCAUAGAAUAUAUGCCAUUAUUAGCCAGUCAGUUGGGAGUAGAGUUCUUUGACGAGAAGCUUAACAGCCUGUGCAUGACUUGGCUUGUAGAUCAUGUAUAUGCUAUCCGAGAAGCAGCUGCAAAGAACCUGAAAAAGUUAGUGGAAAAGUUUGGAGCUGAAUGGGCUCAGAACCAAGUAAUUCCCAAGGUGUUAUCCAUGGCUACAAAUCCUAACUAUCUUCACCGUCUGACCACACUCUACUCAGUAAACGUUUUAGCAGAGGUCAUGGGACCAGAGAGUGUGGUGAAACUCAUGCUUCCAGUCGUAAUUGGUUUAGCAGCUGAUUCUGUGGCCAACGUUCGCUUCAAUGUCGCCAAAACCCUCCAAAAAAUCGCUCCUGUUCUGGAUGCGAACACCAUCACAUCACAGAUUAAACCAGUCCUUGAUAAACUUAAUGCUGAUGCUGAUGUAGAUGUGAAGUAUUUUGCUCAGGAAGCCUUAACAGUUUUCUAGUAACUACUUCAAGUCCGAUGCAUCAAGAUGUCUCGUCGUUUAUGCAGCUCCUAUGUGCUGUCAACCCUCCCUUGCUGUCGUUAUAGUAACCUCUGAAAACUGCUUAUCCUGCAGCGGAUGAACAUUUGAACCCGACCACACCCGUGAUACACCUGUUUGGGCAGUGCAGUUACGUAUUUUAAUGAUUUCAAGUAGACAUCGUGCGGAAUUAAGGUUGUUUCGUAAUUAACUUACCUGUGUUAACUGUGCAUGAAGUAAAACAAAACAAAAUCAACCCCUCUCCCCCCACCCACUAAGUGACGCACAUUUCGAAGUUGUUAUUUCGUGGACAAGUACAGUAAGUCUAUUGUUGCAAAAGAAAUGCUUCUUUUUUUAUAUAUCAUUUUUUGUAUUUCGUCAGAAAGUGUGCGGAAGAGGAGCCGGAAUAAUAAAAAAGGCCGGGAUCCGGUUAGUAAACGGUCUGUGGUAGAGCACAAUGUUGCUUGGAUUGCAUUUUUGUAAUUAAUGAUAGAUAAAGCGAAGUCGCAACAGAAAUUCAUAUGAAUUUGCCGUUGCAAACUUCAUAUGACAUUAAUUUUCUGUGUUCACAGUUGAAAAAAAAUUGCUCUUUUGCUGUGGAUUUUAUUAGUAAGUAUUAUUUUGGUAGUUAUACAACCUGUAUAGCUUUGAUUGUCGCUGUACGUGUAAACGAAAUAACAUUGAAUAUUGUAUUAAAGUUCUUUGCUCUCAAA